AUGGUUUGGAAAAUAUUGUCAAAAUUAAACAAAAAAUCUAUAUAAAAUUCUGGUUUAGAUCAUCAAAAAUAUUAAAAAUUGCCAUUUUCGUAAGACUUCAAUAAUCUUGCUAAAGCAUAUGAUUUGAGAUUAUGGUAUAUUGCCAAUUCUCCCCAUGAAGAUAAAAACCUUGAAUAUGUUGUUUAAGCAGAAUAGUUACAUAAUGAAUUAAAUUAUUAAAAUUCUAGAUAAUUUUUAUUUAGAACUGCUGCAUUUUUAUUAGGAAUAGAAUUAUUUUAUAUGUUUUAUGAUAUGCCGAAAAAUUAUGACUGGUAAGAUUAUCAUGAACCUAAACAUAACAUCUAAAUUUACGGCGACUUAGAAGAAGGUGGUGAUGAAGGUGGUGAUGACGAUUGAAAAUAUUUUAUAAUUCUUUU